GCUUGGGUGCUCAUUCUUUCUCUGUCACCUCACUUUGUGAACAUCUGCUGUGAGAUCAUGCCUCCCUCAGCAGUCUGGCGUGUGAGUACCAAAGGAGUGCGUGAAUUCCAAUUUAGAAGCCAAGAUGCAGAUGUUAAUGCCCGAACCUCAGAUUUUUGUGGAAAGAACUCUGGCCCUCAUCAAACCAGAUGCCGUUGAUAAAGAAGAAGAAAUAGAGGAUCUCAUUCUCCGAUCGGGAUUCCUGAUCAUUCAGAAACGGAAGCUCCAGUUAAGCCCAGAGCAAUGUAGCAACUUUUAUGCAGACCAAUACGGAAAAGUAUUUUUUCCUAAUUUAACAGCCUAUAUGAGUUCUGGACCUCUAGUUGCUAUGGUGCUUGCCAGACAUUGCGCAGUUUCAUACUGGAAGGAGUUGCUUGGACCAUCAAACAGCAUAAAAGCUAGGAGAACUCACCCUCACAGCUUAAGAGCAAUCUAUGGGACUGAUGAUCUGAGGAAUGCACUCCACGGCAGUUUCAGCAUUUCCUCAGCAGAAAGAGAAAUUCGAUUCAUGUUUCCAGAAGUGAUCUUGGAGCCAGUUCCAGCUGGACAAAGAGCUAGGGAUUACUUGAACCUGUAUGUAAAGCCUACAUUACUAGCUGGGCUCACUGCACUAUGUAAAGAGAAGCCAGCAGAUCCAAUGACUUGGCUUGCUGACUGGUUGAUUGAACACAAUCCUAAUAAACCCAGGCUGCAACAUCAGAUCACUGAGGAAGAGCAUCAGGGGUGAGAGCUCAGUGGAAACCAU